AAAGAGGGAGAGAUCAAGUAAGAGACAAAAGGUGUAAGAGAUGUAGCAGUGGCAACCAGGCAAGAGAAAGCAAAGUGAGAGAGAGCUAUAAAUUACUAGGAGCCCCCCCACACCCUGAGCUGAACCCUCCUGAGCAGAGAUGUGCCAGGCUGCGUGAUACCACAAUGGUGAUUUCCUCCCCAACAGCUCCCCAGCAGCCUUCGCCACGGAGCCCAGAGAGUGUAAGAGUGGGUUUUGCAGGAGCUGGAGCCUGUUGCCUGGAUACCCCUGCUGUUGCCACGGCGGUGAAAAGCCAGGAUUGAACUGUGUUUGCUGGCUGGUGCCGCUACCAUGGGAAAAACACAUCUGGCCGACUGUCUGGAUAGCCCCCCUGAUGCGCUUACUUGCUGGCUGACUCGCUGACAUUGCACAUAUGAAUAAGGAAGGAAUCACUCUGAUACGGGAGCUUUGAGGAAAGGAGGUGGGAGGGGGUGGCUAUCACACUGCUUUGAAGAAAUCUGUUUGGCAGAGAGGGACAGAAACCAGAAGGACUGACCACUGAGUUAAAGAGAAAAGGCAAAGGGAGAGCCUGGCACAGGAGAGCGGAGGAAGGGGAAGGCUGGGGGGGAGAAGUAACGAGUGGAGCUGGCUGGGUUAGUUCAGUGGGAGGGAGCAAAGCAGCAGCUACUGUAGCAGGCUGUGCGGAGCCAUGCAGACCCAUUCCUCUAGUCCACAGUCCAAAGCCUCCAGCUUUAUCCUGAGUCAGUGAUGUGUGCUGGCCUCCAAAAUGGAAAUCCACCGUGAACAGAGUAUCUGCCAGGCGCGAGCCGCUGUCAUGGUGUAUGACGAUGCCAAUAAGAAGUGGGUCCCAGCCGGUGGAUCCACUGGCUUCAGCAGAGUCCACAUAUACCACCACACCGGCAACAAUGCCUUCCGCGUUGUGGGACGCAAGAUCCAAGAUCAUCAGGUGGUGAUAAACUGUGCCAUUCCCAAGGGGCUGAAGUACAACCAGGCCACGCAGACCUUCCACCAGUGGCGUGACGCCAGACAGGUCUAUGGUCUCAACUUUGGCAGCAAGGAGGAUGCCAAUGUAUUCGCCAGUGCCAUGAUGCACGCCCUGGAGGUGCUCAACUCCCAGGAUACAGGCCCCACAUUGCCCCGACAGGCCCCCCAGGUUCAGAAUGGCCCUACACCAGAGGAGAUAGACCUGCAGAGAAGGCAGCUUCAGGAGCUGCAGAGACAGAAGGAGAUGGAACGGGAGCGUCAAGAGAGGGAGCGUCUUGAGAGAGAGAUGCUGGAACGGGAGCGUCUGGAGAGAGAGAUGCUGGAACGGGAGCGGCAGGAGCGAGAACGUCAGGAACAGGAGCGUCAGGAGAUGGAGGCACAGAUGGAGAGGGAGCGACUUGAGCGAGAGCGUCUGGAGAAGCAGGAGUGCGCUGAGCAUGAGCUGAUGGAGAGGGAGAAGGCAGAGAGAGAGCGGCUGGAGAGGGAGCAGCAAGAGCAGUUAGACAGAGAACAGCAGGACUGGGAGAGAGGGAGACGCAUCUCUAAUGCUGCUUUUGAAAGCACCCUGUACACUCCCAUACCUCAGGAGUACGGCAGAACAUCCUCAACACCCAUAUCGCCAUCCACGCCCAGCUACCCAGCUCCUGGGACACCAUCACCCUCAUCUGCCACACCCCCAACCCCACCACUCAGGCACUCGACCUCCCAAUUCGCCACGUCACUCGGUUCUGCCUUCCAUCCGGUCCUGCCUCACUACGCCACGGUCCCAAGGCGACAACAAGGUGCUCCCCAAGCCCUGCCCACUGCUUCUGCUCCAGCCCCUGCCCCUCGGCCUCCACCAAAGUCUGUGGUGUGGUCAGCGUGCAACUUUACCCCCCUACCACCAUCGCCCCCUGUCAUGAUAAGCAGUCCCCCAGGGAAGGCCACAGGUCCACGGCCACUCAUUCCCAUCGCCGCACCUUCUCCUCUGACCCAGAGGCCUCCAUCACCAUCCCCCAACGGCCCGCCCAUGUUCCCCGCACCAUCUCCUGUGACCAUCCCGCACAACCAUACCCCUAUUGGCAUUGCCUGCCCAACUCCGCCUCCCCCACCCACCCCACCUCCUCUUCCCCUCCCUGUAGCUCCCCUUCCAUCUUCCUCCUCCACCUUGUCUCCCCCCUUCUCAUCCCAGGGUCCUGGUGUGCCCUCUCCCUCCAUAGCACCCCUUGCUGCUCCAGCUGCUGCCACCACUGCUGCCUCUUUUGAGCACUUCUGCCUCCCCGUGGGCCUGGGCCUGUUGGAUCAGGGGGAGCCGGGGACAGCCACAGGCUCCUCCUGUCAGCCCCAGGGUAAGACCACUAGUCCGGACUCUGCUUCUUUCUUACUGCCUCUCUCCCCUCUGUCUUUCACUUCUCUUGACUCACAGACUAACAGGGGAGCUGGCCAUCCUCCUCCACCCCCAGCCCCUCCACUCCCUCCUACACUGACUCCAGGCGGGACCCCCCCUUCACCAUCAGGUCCAGCUCCUCCUCCCGGAGCCCCUCUCCCUCCUCCAGCACCACCCCUUCCUGCCGGACUGUUCUCUCCUACAGAGGACCGCCCCCUCUCAGGCCUGGCUGCUGCCCUCGCUGGAGCCAAGCUACGUAAAGUGCCAAGGAGUGACGAUGCAGCGGCAGGUCUGGCAGCAGGCAUGCCCGGGGCUAAAUCUGAAGCCAGAGGCAACGGCCCUCUGCCUGGAGGAGGAGGGCUCAUGGAGGAGAUGAGUGCCCUGUUAGCAAGGAGGAGAAGAAUUGCAGAGAAGGGCUCAUCACCUGAACCUGACCAGAGAUCAGAGGAGGGCGAGAUAAACACGACCCCUAAAAUGUCAGCCUGUAGCACACCAGACAUGCCCAGAAAGCCAUGGGAAAGAACAAACACCAUGAAUGGUAGCAAAUCUCCAGUUAUUGGAAGACCUAAAUCCACUCCUACACCUACUGCAUCCUUAAGUGCCAAUGGUGUGCCAACAGAAGCUGUUGACUAUGACAGAUUGAAACAGGACAUCAUGGACGAGAUGAGGAAGGAGCUGUCAAAGCUAAAAGAAGAGCUCAUUGAUGCAAUCAGGGAGGAGCUGAGCAAGUCUAGCACGGCAUAGAGGAUCCAGACCUCCUGUCCAGAAAAUCUACAUCCACACGACCCAACAGUUAACCACGCCAUGUCACUUUAAGACAUGACUACACAGCAGCGGA